UCUCCCGAGGCUCUCCCUUAUCGGCUUCACGUUAUCACCUUCUUGCCUCCGUAUAUUUUAUUCCCGAACAACAAUACAAAGAGAAAAUCCGAGGAAAUUCGCUUUCUUUUAAUAUUAUUCUCUUCAACUCUCCAAUUUGGAAAACAGAUAACCACCUUUCCGGAGCUGAAUAUCACCACCGUCGCGGUGCUGUUGGAUCCUGUUCACUAAGACCGCAAAAUUCGGCUCGGUAAUUUUUUUAUUUGCAGACAGAGCCAGGGAUAUAUUCGUUUACGGUGCCGUUUUGGAUUCCGGAACUGAGAAAACUUAGGAAGAAUCGGUAUUUUUUUUAUAAGAAUGGGAGCAAUAUGUUUUUCUAGAGUUGGGUAAUCUGGGGAAAGAAGAACGAAAACAGUGGCGUUUUGUUGGGGGUGGUAUUGCCUCGUACGAUUUGAUGCCGCAAGAGCCGUCGCCUUGGGACAGGAAGGAUAUUUACAAGGACAAGAACCACGAGAGGACGGAGUUGCAGCCACCGCCGCUUAACGCGUCUUCUAUGCCGUCUUAUCAGCAUGGAUCCUUUAGAGAAUUCGCUCGCUGGGGAUCCGCUGACGUCCGCCGUCCUCCUGGUCAUGGUAAGCGGGGCAAUUGGCAUAUGUUUCCCGAAGACAUUGGUGCUCAUGGAUAUGUGCCAUGGCGGUCAAGUGACAAGAUCUUGGAUGGUGAGGCCUGCCGUCAGUCAGUUUCUCGUGGAGAUUGGAAAUAUAGUCGAAGCAGCAGUAGAGACAACAGCAAAGGGUCUUACGGCAUAAGAGACUGGAGAGGUCAUUCUUGGGAAACCAGCAAUGGUUCCCCAAACACUCCUGGGAGGCCUUAUGAUGUGAAUAAUGAACUGAGGUCUGUGGAUGAUAUGUUAACAUACUCUUCUCGUACUAACUCCGACUUUGUAAACACAUGGAAUCACUGUCAAAAAGAUCAACAUGAUAAUAGAACAUCCGGUGUCAAUGGAUUAGGCACAGGACAAAGAUGUGAGAGAGAGAACUCCGUGGGCUCUGUGGAUUGGAAGCCUCUUAAGUGGAGCCGUUCUGGAAGCUUGACUUCAUGGGGCUCCGGAUUUAGCCAUUCAGGUAGCUCAAAGAGCGCAGGAGGUGAAGAUUCUGGGGAAGCAAAGCUUGAGUUACAACAGAAAAAUUUGGCCCCAGUUCAGUCUCCUUCUGGGGAUGCAGCAGCCUGUGUCACAUCUGCUCCACCUUCUGAUGAGACAUCAUCAAGGAAGAAGCCACGGCUUGGAUGGGGUGAGGGUCUAGCAAAAUAUGAGAAAAAAAAGGAUGAAGGCCCUGACACAAGCAUUAAUAGUGGUGGAGCUGCAAUUUAUUUCGGAAAUGCCGAACCUAACGGUUCUCUGAGUUCUAACUUGGUAGAUAAGAGCCCUAGAGUUCUUGGAUUUUCUGAUUGUUCUUCUCCUGCAACUCCCUCUUCUGUUGGUUGCAGUUCCUCACCAGGCGUGGAAGAGAAAUCAUCUGUUAAAGCUACAAAUAUUGAUAAUGAAAUCAAUGCAUGUGGUUCUCCAAGUUUUGGGUCUCAGAAUCAGCUAGAAGGGCCCUCUUUUAAUCUAGAGAAAUUGGAUAUCAAUUCGAUUAUUAAUAUGGUCUCUUCACUUAUUGAUUCACUUCAGUCUGAUGAUCCUAGUACUAUGGAUUCUAAUUUUGUUCGGUCUACUGCUAUAAAUAAAUUGCUAUUAUGGAAAGGUGACAUUUUGAAAACAUUGGAGAUGACUGAAUCUGAAAUUGAUUAUCUGGAAAAUGAACUUAAGUCUUUGAAAGGCGACUCUAAAAGUAGAAACCAAUUGCCAUCAACAGCUAGUUCUCUUCCUGUUCAGGAAAAUGGAAAAUCUUGUGAGGAACAGGAGGCUGCAUCCAGUAUGAUCCCUCAGCCUGCUCCAUUGAAAGUGGAUCCUUCUUCUGAUGUUCUUGAAGAGCAGCAGCACCUCUGUAAUGGUGUCCUGGAAGAAGUUAGUGUUGAUAUGAAAAAUGGGGUUAGUCCUGGAACAUCUACAUUUGUUUUUUUGGCGUCAUCUUUGGAUAAAACAGGUCCUCUUCGUGAUAUUGUGAAGGUUCAUGAUUGUUCUGGUAAUGCUGGCUCUGCUCAAUUGGCAACAACUGAAGAGAUGACUUUAGCUACUGAUUUUUUUAAUGAAGAAGGGACUGCAGUCAUUCCUGGGGAAGGCAGUGUACUUGUAAAGAUUGAUAAUGAUGCACAUGCUCCAGAAUCUUCUAACUCUGAUACUGGUAAUGAAAAUGUGACACAUGAUGAAAUAUUGAGGACUAAUAAGGAAUUGGCAAACAGUACUUGUCUUGUGUUUGAGAAAUUAUUUCCUAAAGAUCAGUAUGGCAUUGAGAUUUCUGAAUUUUCCUAUGCAUCAUUGUGGCAAAUGAAUCCAUCAAUCAGGGGGAAAAUUGCAAUGCGGAAGCGCCGCUUAGAAUUUAAGGAGAGAGUUUUGACAUUUAAGUUUGAAGCCUUUCGGCAUGCUUGGAAGGAAGAUAUGCUUUCACCCUCGAGAAAAUAUCGUGCAAAGUCUCAGAAGAAGUAUGAAAUAAGCUCAGGUUCAGCAUAUGGUGGUUACCAAAAGCAUCGGUCCUCCAUUCGUUCUCGUGUUACUUCUCCUGCUGGUAAUCUGAACUUAGAACCUAAUGCUGAGAUGAUAAAUUUUACCAGCAAACUGCUUUUAGAUCCCCGUGUCAAGCGUUACAGGAAUGCAUUGAAAAUUCCAGCAUUGAUUUUGGACGAGAAAGAACAAAUGUCAAGGUUUAUUUCUAGCAAUGGAUUGGUUGAAGAUCCCUUUGCUGUCGAAAAGGAAAGAGCUUUGAUCAAUCCUUGGACAUUGGAGGAGAAGGAAAUUUUUAUGGAUAAUUUGGCUGCCUUUGGGAAGGACUUCAGAAAAAUUGCCACCUUUCUGGACCAUAAGACAACUGCUGACUGUGUUGAGUUCUAUUACAAAAACCACAAGUCUAAAUGUUUUGAGAAAACAAAGAAGAAGCUUGAUCCAAGUAAGCAGGGGAAGCCCUCUGCGAAUACCUACUUGUUGACAUUGGGGAAAAAGUGGAGGAAGGAAUUCAAUGCUGUGUCCAUUGAUGUUCUUGGUGCAGCUUCUGUUAUAGCUGCAGAGGCCAAUAGUGGCAUGCAAAAGAAUCAGACGUCUUCUAGUAGGAUCUUUCUGGAAGAGCGUUAUUGUAGAACAUCUCGAGUUGAUAGCAUUGCUGAUAGGUCAAACAAUUUUGAUCUUAUUGGGAAUGAUUGGGAAACUGCAGCUGCUGAUGUUUUGGCAGGUAUAUGUGGUUCAUUGCCUUCAGAGGCAAUGAGUUCUUGUAUCACUAGUUCUGCUGAUCAAGGAGAGAGCUACCACCGUGACUGGAAGUGCCCCAAAGUUGAUUCUCUGCUUAAAAGGCAUUUAAUACCUGAUUUUCCUCGGAAUGUUGAUGAAGGUACUUGUUCAGAUGAGAGUUGUGGGGACAUGGAUCCUACUGAUUGGACUGAUGAGGAAAAAUCUGUCUUUAUACAGGCUGUCUCGUCUUAUGGUAAAGAUUUUUCAAUGAUCUCGCGAUGUGUCCGAACAAGAUCCAGGGAUCAAUGCAAGGUUUUCUUUAGCAAGGCUAGCAAAUGCCUUGGACUGGACUUGAUACGUCCAAGAAAUAGAGACAUGGGAACACCCAUGAGUGAUGAUGCAAAUGGUGGUGGGAGUGAUAUGGAAGAUGCUUCUGUCCUUGAGCGUUCAGUUGUCUGCAGUGAUAAGUUGGGGUCUAAAUUGGAAGACUUUCCUUCCAAUUUUGUCAGAAUGAAUAUGGAUGAAUGUGAUCCUAUCAGCAAACUGGUUUUAAAAACUGAGCUGAAGUUACCAGUCGAAAAUAAUGGGAAUCAUGCUGCUGGUCAGGUAAUUUCUGAGUGUGGUACUGAUGAUAUGGAUGUUGAUUGCAAUGCGGAGUCAUUACAGGUUCAGAGAAGUGUUUCUUCAGGCGACCUAAAUUCUGGAAGAAAUCAGGUUGUUGAUCAGGGUGCGUCUGUUGUAGUAUCAGCAUCUAUUGGGGUGGCAGCUCAUCAUUGCACUCAUAUAGAUGUGGUCGAGUUCAGGCCUGCUACUGGUUGUUCAAAUGAGGGCUUUAGAAAUGAUUUCAUGGCAUGGGAAACUUCGUUGUCCAAAAAUGUUGUGGAUGAACAUGAUUCAAAAUGCAGAGCGGAGACUAGCAGUCAAAGUAUAUGUGGGCAAGAUUCAAAUAAAACCAGUGAUGAAUCUGUUGGUAAAAACUCUUCUUCAGGUUUUAGCUUCAAUACCGAAGGUCCUCUUCCCAACUUGGAUUCUGCUAUUAAGCCUUCUGUUGGUAAAAAUUCUGCUGCUGAAAGUUCUGCAUUGCAUGAUUCCAAUUUCCUUCGAUGUGAAAAAUUGUGCAACUUAGAUAGAUUGUCAUCAUCAAUUGAUUAUCAGGGGAAUGAAGCCAAACAAGCUUGCGUAUCCUUCUGUGAAGACGAGUCAAAUUGUCUAUCUGGAAAGCCCUUGGUGAAUCUUACUGAAUCCUGCCAGAUCCUAAGGGGUUACCCCUUGCAAAUUUCAACAUGGAAAGAAACCAAUAGUGAUGUCAAAAACCCUUCAACAUCCAAAAAGGGGGUUGCCGGUCCGUAUUUGGCUCAAGAUUGUCAUCUUCAGAAGUGCAAUAGCUCAAAAUCAACUGCUGGGCUUCCACACCUGGUGCAGAACUUGGAACAAGCCAAGGAUUGUCCAAAAUCCCAGGCUUCGAACAUUUCAGACAUAGGAAAGCCUUGCAGGAAUGGUAACGUCAAGCUUUUUGGUCAGAUUUUAAAUUCUAAUUCCCAAGAUUUAAAACAGAACACGAAACCGUCGAAUUUCAAGUCUACAGGUAAUACUGUUGAUGGAAACUCAAAGUUCAGUCAAAAUAAUAUUUGUGUGACGGAAAGUGUUCCGAAGAGAAGCUAUGGUUUCUGGAAUGGUAAUUGGAUUCAAACUGGGUUGUCACCUUUACCCGAUUCUGCUAUUUUAAUGGCGAAGUAUCCUUCUGCAUUUGUCAAUUAUCCGGCAUCCUCUUCUCAAAUGGAGCUGCAGGCAUUGCAGACCGUUGUCCACAGUACUGACCGAACUUUGAAUGGCCGUGAUUUUACCAAGGUUAAUCUUUUCGAUCCUUAGCUAAUUAAUUUACGUUAGUUGAUAGUUUGUGUUAUAUAGAUUUUGACAUGUUCAUAAAUUUGUGUUGUAUUUGUUUUCUUUUUAUAUAUGUCGUGUUUUGUA